GAAUACACAGUGAUGUCACAGAUGCACAGUCUUUGGAAGCUUCUAGAAUGCACGGCAGUUGAAGGAAGAGCAAGGAGACCACCGCAGGGGAAGGGCAAGUCCAGAGUGCCGAGGGCUACUGUGAUGACUCAAGGGCCAUGAUUCCAGCUGGCUGCCAGUAGAAAGGAAACAACAGCAACCACCACCCAACAUCUUCGCCUCUGGACAAUGACACAACCUACGUGCCACCUGCAGCCCCGAUGAGAAAAAGGAAAAGGAGGAGGAGAGACCUUGAAGUGAAAUCCUAUGCGAGGGGGAAAGGGACUUUCCAUCUGUUUCAAGAGCGGUGAGUUUAGCCCCCACGAAAAGCACCAAGCGAGAGGGCUGGGAGACGUUUGCCAGUGGUCCAGGCCUACCCAACUGACAGAGGAACUGUGCCUUAAGCUGCGCCACCGAGGUGUCAUAGCAGAGAAGCAGGAUGGAUGACGACCCAGAGCCCAGUCUCGACGAAGCGGUCCUGGGCAGCUGCGAAGUGAGCGAGCAAUCGUUCAGCGUCGCCGAGUUGCAGAAAUGCACCCUUGAGGACGAGGUGAACAUCCACCAGGAAGGUGGGGACAAUGGCCCCUUCAUGGAUCAAGAACCCACCAAGAAACCCCUUUUGGGCAAAGAUGUGCCAGACCAAGCCCUGCAGACAGAGAACAAAGGGGGCAUUUUCAGAAGGAAAGACCAAAGUCAGGCACCAGAUGUGUCCGGGAGCAUCAAGAGCAGCGCGUCGAGUCUACGGAAGCCAUCCCGCCGCAGCAUCCCACGACUUCCUGGUCAGGAGUCCCGCCGGAGCAGCCAGCAAUCUGUUGGUGUGCAGUCCCCGCUGAGCCUGAACCCUUCCCGAACACAGUCCAUCAGUGAGUCGGAUGCGAAAGAAAUCACGUGGGUGAGCAAAAGGACCGGGAAGCUGAUGAAGUGUCGAACCCAGCAAACGAGCCUCAUAUGGGAGCAGAAGAGCUUUUCCGAUAUCUUCAGUAAUUCCAGCGACGAAUCCGACAGAAGCAGAGAGGGAUCAAUGGAAACCCUGAAUACAGUAGACGAGUCGGAGAUGAUGUAUUCGGAGGAAGUAUCACUGCAAGAGUCUUUGGGGAGCAAAGGGUGCCACAGCAGCCAGCAGCUGGAGGGGAAGGGGUCAAAGCGCAACAGCCUAAAGAGGGACUCUCGCAGGAACAGCCAGCGGUCCAUGGAGAUACCUCUACUGCUCCCAAAGGGGAUUUGCCUCGACGAGGACAUAUCCUGGAUCAGCCCAAAGACUGGCAAGGAAAUGAAAUGCAAAGCUCAACAGACAAGUGUUGUUUGGGAACUGAAAACUCUCUCGGAAAUCCUGCAUACUUCCAGCCAGGAAUCUUUCCCCAAUGCCUUAGAAACGGAUACAACCGAGUUGUCUUCUGAGACCGAGACUGAACAGCGAGGCAGACGAGGGUCACAGCGCACUGUCCAACGACCAGAGAGCAGGCCGCCCAUGGGUCAAGAAUCUCGCCGAGGCAGCCUAGUUCCAGAAGCCGUAAAAUCCAGGCAGGAUACCCAGAAACUGGAGGAGCAAAAGCCAACGCCGUACAGGAACGCUAAAAUGGACACCUUUAUGUCUGAGCAGGCCCAACAGACAGACAGCUGUGAGAGUCUAAAGGAAGAAUUGUUGCCCCACAGUCAACAGAGGGAUGCCUUGGUUGGAGCCCAAGUUGUUUCUCACCGUAGCAGCUUGCGAGAAGAUGCCCAAAUACCCCAGCCUGCCAAUCAAGAGCUUGUGUGGGAAGAGUCACAGCCGAGCAUACCAACAGCAGUGGAUUUCCAGAGGGGUCACUCACUGCCACACCAGGGCUUUGGGAAGGACGUUGGUGUUGGGAAGGAGUCUAAUAUGCCAGCUGGUCUUCAAAGCAGGGUGACUGAAGCCACCCAAGAACCUCCUCUUGAGCAAGGCACCUGGAUCAGCAAAAGGACGGGCAAAGUUGUGAAGAACAGGAGCCAGCAGACGGACAAGAGUUGGCUUCAGUACUGUGCAGCCAAAAGGCAGAAGGUCAAGAAGUGCACCAGCCAACAGACCGACGAGAGUUUCCUCCAGAGCUAUGCAGAGAGGAAAAUGAAGAAAGCGAGCAGGGAAUCCAUGCCUGCUGCCAGGGAUCAGCAGGAACAGCCCAGGACUGGGGUCGCCAGCACUAUGCGCAGAAAUGAAGAUCCCAGAGGCUUCCUGCUCCAUGGUUCAUAUUCAUUGUCACCGCAGAAUGAGCCAUGUGGUGCAGAAAUGGUGAAGGAAGGUAACCGUGCAGAGGCGGUGAGGGAAGGUAGCCGUGCAGAGGUAAUGAAGGAAGUUGGCCGUGCAGAGGAAGGUAGCCGUGCAGAGAUGGUGAAGGAAGGUAGCCGUGCAGAGGUGAUGAAGGAUGGUGGCCGUGAAGAUGUGGUGAAGGAAGGUGGCCGUGCAGAGGGGGUGAAGGAAGGUAGCCGUGCAGAGAUGGUGAAGGAAGGUAGUCGUGCAGAUGUGGUGAAGGAUGGUGGCCGUGCAGAUGUGGUGAAGGAAGCUGGCCCUGCAGAGGUGGUGAAGGAUGGUGGCCGUCCAGAUGUGGUGAAGGAAGCUGGCCCUGCAGAGGUGGUGAAGGAUGGUGGCCGUGCAGAUGUGGUGAAGGAAGCUGGCCCUGCAGAGGUGGUGAAGGAUGGUGGCCGUGCAGAUGUGGUGAAGGAAGCUGGCCCUGCAGAGGUGGUGAAGGAUGGUGGCCGUCCAGAUGUGGUGAAGGAAGCUGGCCCUGCAGAGGUGGUGAAGGAAGGUGGCCGUGCAGAUGUGGUGAAGGAAGCUGGCCCUGCAGAGGUGGUGAAGGAAGGUAGCCGGCAAAGCUCUCAUGAAGAUGGUAAGGGACCACUGCUGCUCCACACUGUAAAGGACCCCCCAAACAGCAAGCUUGUCAGAAGCUCUCUCCAGUGGCCAGAUGAUUCUGAACCCAAGUCGUAUAUGGAGAACGGCAUGCCAUACUCAUACUAUAUGGAAGGGGAAGAUGACCAGAUCUACAGCAUCAUUUCUCUGGAAGAUGGAAUCUGGAUGAACAGGAGAACUGGGAAAUUAGUGGUGAGUCACUUUCAGCAAACAGGUAAGACAGCUGUCCCAACCAUCAGCAGGACAUCUCUCCUGGGAAAGGGAGGCAACUCAGGAAGAGCCUUUGGGGCUCCUGGAAGUGGGUCGGAUGGAGCCAGGAGUGAUCAGGAGGAAUCUGAAAGAGAAGAAGCCCCGUCAGGUCAGGAAAGCCACCGUGGCAGUCAUCAAGAUUCCGACCGAGAUGCCAGCCUUAUCAUAGUGAAGCCUACAGGGGGGGAAUCUCAGUGUGCAGAUGAUGUUGAGAAGCUCCUGAGCCGUCGCCUUAGCGAGGCUAUGCUCUUGAGCGUAGAGUCUCCAGACGUGGGGGACGAAACUGCAUUGUACACCGCUGUCUCCGUGGAGAAAGGGAGUUGGGUGAACCUGAAAACAGGCCAGUUGCUGGAAUCUCACAGUCAGCAGACAGAGGAGGAGCACAUCGAUCAAGUCCUUGUAGAGGAUGUGGAACUGUCAUCGGAAGGUGUUAGCCAGCAACAAGCACCUGGAGAAGGCCCAGUGGGAUUUCCAGAGCCAAGCCACCAUAACAUGCAAGGGUUUGGAAGAGAAGGCCCUGUGGGAUUUCCAGAGCCAAGCCACCAUAACAUGCAAGGGUUUGGAAGAGAAGGCCCUGUGGGAUUUCCAGAGCCAAGCCACAAUAAAAUGCAAGGAUUGGGAAGAGAUGGCCCUGUGGGAUUUCCAGAGCCAAGCCACCAUAACAUGCAAGGAUUGGGAAGAGAAGGCCCUGUGGGAUUUCCAGAGCCAAGCCACCAUAACAUGCAAGGGUUUGGAAGAGAUGGCCCUGUGGGAUUUCCAGAGCCAAGCCACCAUAACAUGCAAGGGUUUGGAAGAGAUGGCCCUGUGGGAUUUCCAGAGCCAAGCCACCAUAACAUGCAAGGGUUUGGAAGAGAAGGCCCUGUGGGAUUUCCAGAGCCAAGCCACAAUAAAACGCAAGGUUUGGGAAGAGAUGGCCCUGUGGGAUUUCCAGAGCCAAGCCACCAUAACAUGCAAGGAUUGGGAAGAGAAGGCCCUGUGGGAUUUCCAGAGCCAAGCCACAAUAAAACGCAAGGAUUGGGGAGAGAUGGCCCCGUGGGAUUUCCAGAGUCAAGCCACGACAACACACAAGGAUAUGGAGCAGAAGGCAUGGAUGAUGAUCCCAUCAGCAGAGACGAACAACCAAGUCCCGCGGGUCGCGGGUAGUUGAUAGAUCCACCAACCCUUGAUGGGCAAGGGCUGCUGGCACCUCGAGGAGAUGGAGAGCACCAGAGGUGCACAGACUCUAGGGAUGGAGAACAUGGAGGUCGAGAAUGAAGUCUUGAAGAUCAAAAGAGUAAUCCUCCCAGGGACAAGGAAGGAAACACAAAAUAAAAAAAAGAUGACGAAACCAAUACACCGUCUUGUUUGUCUGACUGCGAUGGCUGGGAUUCCUGCAUUGGUCCUGGGGUUGGACCAGAUUUGGGUUCCUUCCAAUUCUACAAUUUCAUGAUUCAAUGACUGAAUCAUCCCAUCAUUUGCUCUUCCACAUCCCACCUCUUCCCCAAG